CCCACAUGACUGUACACUACCUGGACCUUGUGUUAUUACUGUAGCCUGUUAUUACCCUUGACUCCUGCCGUAUUCCUCCCCGGGGCUAAACGACGUGGACGUUAAGACCUCUGCGGUGUUUUGUACGCUCGGCUAAUUCAUCUUUUUAGACUUUUUACUUUGUUCGCGUCUUGACGUUGGCAGCAGAGCCGGUUCUGGCUAAACGUAUAGAAAGUUUUGCCAGAGACAGCUUGGUGUCCAUGCGUCCAAGCAUCCUGAUGCCCAUCAUGUCCGCGCAGCUCAGCAUCCUCUUGUUGGCUAUUAGUGUGUCCGGACAAGAGCUCCCAUCAGGCCCUCACGGCUGCACGGAGGGAAGCUGUUACCCUGCCACAGGAAACCUUCUGAUUGGACGGGCUGUCAACUUAUCUUCCACGUCCACAUGCGGCCUGGGGGGGCCCGAGCACUACUGCAUUGUCAGCCAUCUGCAGGAGUCAGACAAGUGUUUCGAGUGUAACUCCCAGCACCGCUACGACCCGUACCGCCACAGGAACAGCCAUCGCAUUGAAAACGUGAUCAAUCUCAUGGACAGGAAUGAAGACCACACCUGGUGGCAGUCUGUCAACGGACAGGAGACUGUGAGCAUCAGACUGAACCUGGAGGCCGAAUUCCACUUCACACAUCUCAUCAUGAAGUUUAAGACUUUCCGCCCUGCAGCUAUGAUCAUCGAGCGUUCGGCAGAUUUCGGCCGCACGUGGCGCCCCUACCGCUUCUUCGCCUCAAACUGUACCAGGACCUUCCCCAGCAUCCCAGCCAACGGCCUGCACCACAUCAACGACAUCAUCUGCGAGGAACGCUACUCAGACAUUGAACCCUCCACUAAUGGAGAGGUCAUUUAUAAAGUGUUGGAUCCUGCCAUUCAUGUGAAAGACCCCUACAGCUUGGACAUUCAAGAACUUUUGCGAAUCACUAACCUGCGCAUCAACUUCACCAAGCUCAACACCCUUGGAGACGACCUGCUUGACCGACGCUUCGACGUCCUGCAGAAAUAUUACUACGCCAUCUAUGAGCUGGUGGUCAGAGGAAGCUGCUUCUGUUAUGGUCAUGCCUCGGAGUGCGCCCCAGUGCCAGGGGUUGAUGCCCGGGAGAACGGCAUGAUCCAUGGUCGGUGUGUAUGCAACCACAACACAGAAGGCCUGAACUGUGAGCGCUGCCAAGAUUUCCACAAUGACCUGCCAUGGAGACCCGCAGAGGCCGAAAACUCACACACAUGCAGAGAGUGUAACUGUAACGGCCACUCAAACCAGUGUCACUUCGACAUGGCGGUGUACUUGGCCACGGCUAACGUAAGCGGAGGAGUGUGCGAUGACUGUCAGCACAACACCAUGGGCCGCAACUGUGAGAUGUGCAAACCUUUCUACUUCCAAGACCAUAUCAGGGAUAUCAGGGACCCGCAGGUCUGUGUUGCCUGUGACUGUGACCCCGUGGGCUCGCUGGAGGGAGGUGUGUGUGACAGUCACACCGACCCAGACAUGGUGAUGAUUGCAGGACAGUGCCGCUGCAAAGCCAACGUGAAAGGCAUGCGCUGCGACGACUGCAAGGAGGGUUACUACGGACUGAGCCAGAACGACCCACUGGGCUGCCAGCCUUGCAACUGUGACCCUCGUGGUAUCAUUAUGAUUGGAGCUCCUUGUGAUCAGAUCAGUGGGGACUGCUCCUGCAAAAGAUACGUCACAGGUCGCUACUGCAACCAGUGUCUGCCUGAAUACUGGGGGCUCAGUAACGACCUGGCCGGCUGCAGACCCUGUGAUUGUGACUUUGGUGGAGCCUUCAACAACAGGUGCAUGAUGGAAAAUGGCCAGUGCGACUGCAGGAGACAUCUGAUCGGUCGACAGUGUUCAGAAGUGCAGCCGGGGUAUUUCUGUGCUCCGCUGGACUACUACAAGUAUGAGGCUGAAGAUGCCACUGGACACUCCCCCAGUGACCCUGCGCUGCCGGGCCAAGUUCGUCCCCAGGCAGAGACCGACUGUGUUCAGCACCUCAGCAAUCAGCUGAGGCGUCACCGCCGCCACCGCCGCGUUACAAACUCGCAGCAGCAUCGGGCGGCACUGAGACGUAUUCGUCAGCUUCAGCAAACACCGGAUGUGAGGACCGUUCACCGAGAGCACUCUCCCAGCCACAUGGUGACUUGGACCGGACCUGGCUUUGCCCGUGUGAAAGAUGGUGCAGGGCUGGUGUUCACUAUCGACAACGUCCCCUACGCCAUGGAGUACGACAUCAUGAUCCGCUACGAACCAGAGUCCACAGAGGACUGGGAGGCCAUAGUCAGUAUUACCUCAGUAUCGCUGCCCUCCAGUCUCCGGUGUGGAAACCUCUUACCGACAGAACAGCUCUACACUGUAACACUGCCGCACCGCAACAGAUAUAUCGAGAUGCCCAGGCCCUUCUGUUUCGAGCCCAGCAAUCAUUAUGUGGUUUCAAUUAGGUUCCAGCGCCACGGGGUCUCACACAGACAUCUAACUGCCUUCAUUCUCAUUGACUCGCUGGUUCUGAUCCCUAAGUACACCGAGCUUCCUGGUUUCCAAGGUAACGAGCCGGAAGCAGAGCAGCGGCGGGAGGAAAUGGUUCGCUACAUGUGCCUGGAUUCCUUCAUGAUCACGCCGAUGCCCGCCCUGGCUGAGAUGUGCUCAAAACUCAUCUGUAGCAUUUCCUCCAUCAUUCAUGACGGUGCUCUGCCCUGUCAGUGUGAACCACAAGGUUCCCUGAGUGGUGAGUGUGAUAGGGUCGGAGGUCAGUGUCGAUGUAAACCCAACGUCAUGGGUCAGCACUGUGACCAGUGUGCCCCAGGAACCUACGGCUUUGGAGUGAAUGGCUGCGCAGCCUGCGACUGUCACUCUGAGGGUUCAUUGAGCCACCAGUGUGACCCAGUUACAGGCCAGUGCCAGUGCAGACAGGGAGCCACUGGACGGAGGUGCUCAGACUGCCAACCAGGCCAGUGGGGCUUCCCCAGCUGCAGCCCCUGUCAGUGUAACGCUCAUGCAGACCUCUGUGACCCCAGCACUGGGGAGUGUAGAGACUGCAGGGACUACACAGCGGGACAGCUCUGUGAACGUUGUGAGGACGGGUUCUUUGGCAAUCCGGUGCUUGGCUCAGGGGAGCACUGUCGGCCCUGUCCCUGCCCUGGUGUCCCGGGCUCAGGUCACUUUAACGGACACUCCUGUCAAGCUGACCAUAGCUCGAACCAGAUCAUCUGUAACUGCAGACAAGGUUACACUGGACCCCGCUGUGACCAGUGUGCCCCUGGUUACUAUGGUAACCCAGAGCAGCCUGGUGGGCACUGCCUACCGUGCGAGUGCAGCGGCAACAUUGACACCCAGGACCCUGAGUCGUGCGAUCCCAGGACCGGCCAAUGCUUAAAGUGCCUGUACCACACCGAUGGCCCCUCCUGUUGCCACUGUCAGCACGGUUACUAUGGCAACGCUUUGGCCCAGGACUGCAGACGUUGUACCUGUGUGACUGCUGGCACUGUCCAGUCCGCCUGCAGUGACGGACAGUGUCACUGUGACAGGCAGACCGGAGCCUGCCUCUGCAAGGAGAACGUGGCUGGCCACAACUGUGACCAGUGUGCUCCAAACCACUGGAACUACGGACAGGAUGGUGGCUGCGAGCCCUGUCACUGCAACCCACAACACUCCCUCGGACCUCACUGCAACAUGUUCACGGGCCAGUGCCACUGUCGUCCAGGCUUUGGAGGCAAACAGUGCACUGAGUGUGAGCAGUUCCACUGGGGAGACCCACAGGUGCAAUGUCAAGAAUGUAACUGUCACCCGCUCGGCUCAGAGAUGGCCCAGUGUGACCGAGCCACGGGGACAUGCGAGUGCCGGGAGGGAGUAGCGGGGAAGCAGUGCGAUGAGUGCGCCCGAGGCUUCACAGGCGUCUUUCCAGAAUGCGUCCGGUGUCACUCGUGCUUCCAGUUGUGGGACGAUGCGCUGUGCCAGAUGAAAAGGGACCUGGAUCACAUCCAGUACACCGUGCGGAAGAUCCUGGAGAGCGGGAUCACGCCUGGGGUCGAGGACACUCGCAUCAAAGAGCUGGAGAGGAAGCUGAGGCAGGUUCAGGAUCUCAUCAGUAUGGAGGACAGCGACAGGGUCCACCAGCUGAUUGGACAGAGCAUCGAUGACCUCAGGGCUGAGAUCGCCCUGACUGACGGGCGUCUGAUGGCCGUUGGCCGGGAGCUGAACGCCACAGCAGAAGAAGAAGAGGCACUAAGACGCACACUGAAUGUUCUGGAGAGAGAACUAAGGGACAUCAACACCACUAUGGCUCACAAACAGCGUCUGCUGGAUGAGUACCUCACCUCUGGAUUUGCAGAUCAGUUUGAGAAAGUGAAGAAGUACUAUCGGGUGUCGCUGGAGGCAGAAGAGAAAUGCAACGCCUCGGUGUCCGGCCCUUUCAGCGCGGUGGAACAGUCCAAAGAAACCCGUGCGCUCACCGAAGACCUGCUGGACGCCAGCAAAGACAAGUUCCUCCGCGCCCUGGCCGCUCAGAACAAGUCAUUAGAGGAGCUGCAGCAGAAGACCCACCACUUGGAUGAGAAGGUCCAUCACCUCAGUCACAAGGUGUGUGGUGGUCAUAGCAAUGCCAGUGUAAAUGGCAGUUGCCCAGACAGUCAAUGUGGAGGUGCCGGUUGCCGCGAUGAUCAGGGUAACCACGUGUGUGGAGGAGAUGGCUGCAACGGGACGGUGAGCGCCUCUGUAGCAGCCCUGAAUCACGCCAGGAACGUCGCCGAUGGUCUGAACACUGCCAACGAGGAGCUGCAGGGUGUCGCAAAAAAGCUCCAGGAUAUAGCCACACUGACGCAGGAUGUUAAGAACCAAGCGAUGAACACACUGGAGAAAGCCCAAAAGAAGAAGGACCACUUUGAAAGCAACAACAAGAAACUGAAAGAUUUCAUUAAGAAGAUCAGAUAUUUCCUCACUGAGGAGGGAGCCGACCCGGAGAGCAUAGAGAAAGUGGCGCUGCAGGUCUUGUCCAUUGCGCUGCCGGUCAACAGGACCACGUUGGACAACAUGGUAAUGCAGAUAAAGGACAGCCUGUCCAACCUCACCAACGUCGAUGGGAUCGUCAACCAAACCAUGCAGCACGUCGCCAAAGCCAAGGAGCUGCUUGACGCAGCCAAAGAUGCCAAGAGGCGAGCAGAAGGAGUGAAUGACACAGCCAAAAGCACCAAGCGGGCACUGGACGUGUCUGAGAAAGCCAUAGAGGAGGCGAAGUCAGCUCUGAAGGAGGCGCACAAUAACCUGAACAGAACAAGGAACGCUACCGCUGAGGUGGAGGAGAGCCUGGGCCAGCUGGAGGAUAAGCAGAUGGAAGUCAUGAUGCGUUUAAACAACCUCUCCGUGGGGGUGGAAGCUCUGAGGAACAAGACGGAGCAGAAUCGACAGAUGGCGGAGGACGCCAGAGCACUGGCUAACAACGCCACUCGCCAGGCAUCCUCACUGGAGCAGAGCCUCAACGACACAGAAAAGCGUUACAGCGAGCUGCGGACGAAGGUGGACUCGCUCGGUGGGGAGUCUGGAGGUCUGAACAGCAUCAACCAGAGGGCAAAGGAUAUGAAGAAGGAGGCGGAUGACCUCUUAGGCAAAGCCACCAGUGGGAUGAAGCAACUGGAGAAACUGGAGAAGAAGUUCAAGACUAACGAGCGGCGGAUGCAGAGGCAGCGUGUGGAGCUGGACGAGCUGAAGGAAAACGCCACCGUGGUCCGGGACGAGAUCCGGGAACAAGUGCAGAAGUACUCCAACUGUGUUUGAGGACGUCACACCCGCUUCCUGUUCACCGUUUGCUGCUGCGGUCCGGAGCAGAGUGUGAAUGAAACUUCAACUCUGCUCUGGUGCCUCCAUGUUUUUCACUGGUAUUGUAACUUUUACACUCUACUGUACCUGUCAAGUGUUAUAUCACAGAAACUCCCUCUGUCGACGUACUGUACCACUUUUUGACUCCUAGAUAUCAACACAUCGCGUUUUGUGUUGGUGUCUGUAAGCUAUCGCAACAAGUGGAGAGUUUUUGUUUCUCUGUACAGGCCAUGUUAAUUUGAGUUCAUGAAUAAUAAACAGAAGAAAUAUAUCAGAGUAUGUUAUGAGAAAAUUGUUAUCUUGACCAAAAGCGAAUUCCGUGUGUUUUUUGCGGCACCAUUUGACCACCUGGUGGUAGUACUGAAUUGACAUUGUGACAUUCCUGUUCAGAAAUAUAUAGUUAUUCAUUGAAUUUUGAAAUGAAAUGUUGUUUAUUUUUUAUGACAAAAGGCAACUCUUGAUUAAACACAUAUAAAUGCAUAUACGAGUAUUCUUAUGAGCAACAUUGAUUCUGAGUGAUGGAGACGAAUACAUUUUAUGCAUAUUUGUGACAUCACGUGUCCUGUGUGUGUCUUAAUGUGUUUGUGUUGUUAACAAAACCAGUUUAGAUUUGAAAUAGGUAAUAAAUAAUAGAUAAUAUAUGUGUGUUUGUGUGUAUAUAAAUAUAUAUGUGCAUGUAUGUAUAUAUAUAUAUAUAUAUAUAUAUAUAUAUAUAUAUAUAUAUAUACAUAGAAAAUUUACAUGUGAAAAAUUACACGUGUAUUUAACAAUAAAUCAUUUAUGUUAAGUUGAGCCAGUUCGGGAGCGAGAACAACUUACUUGGACAUUGAAUGUAUCAAACCCACACACCAACAAUUAGGAAAUCCAUUACAAAUUACACAGUAAAAAGUCCUGAAUUCAACUUUUUCUAAAAGCAUAAAAAGUAGUUACUGUGCAGAGAAAAUGGCCCAUUUGACUGCAUUAUGGUUACAAAUUUGCAUUAUUUGAUAUUCAAUACUGAUGUAUCAAUGCACAAACUGGAUUCUUCUGUAUUUCAUGAGCUCAUCAUGUGUGUUUCUGAGUUCAAUCUUACUUUGCAAAGCAACUCUAGUCGUUGAAUAAAUGCAGUGGAGUCAAAGGCACAA